CAGAAAACUUUAUGAUCGAAGUUGGGAGGCGUAAGAUAUUAACGAACGGGGCCGAACCCCGGCGGAAAUUGCGAGAGUAAAUUUACAUUGAUCGAAAAACGUCAAUCUUUGAAACUUCAGAUGUAUCGUAUAGAGCUUCGGGAUUCGGGAGCCUCGUGAUGUUGCGCAACAGCGAAAAAGGAGGAUUAAUUUCUAAUUAUUAAACUUGCGAAUUUCUGUAAAUACACUGCAAUUUGAUAUUAAUUACAACAGUAUUUACAAAAUGCGCAGGAGUGCGGCUUUCAUCUUUAGGUAAAAAAGUUGUUUCAAUUCUUAUCAAUUUACUCGCUCAAUUACGUCAAUAUUUUACAGACAUGAAAAUUGGUGACUGAAAAGAAAAAAAAAAAACAUCUAGAAUAACUGAAUCCGUAACCGGUGAUCAAAGCUGAGGUCAAAUCGUGAUCGUCGUCGCGCGAUAAAAUGCCAAUUGGCGGGUACCGCAGUUUAAGGGUUAACAAGUUUAAUCGACACUCGAUAAGAAUCGCCUCAGCUAGGCCAUUGGUGGCCUAACACAAAAUUCAAGUAUGUCACGAGAUUUUUCAAAAGUCGUUUGUUGCUCGAGAAAAAUCAAGUUGCACACAUACAUACAUUUAAUUUUUAAUUUUUUAAUGAAAUAAAAUAUUUAAAUAUAAUAAUAUACUAGUAUAUAUAUUUAACAUACUCGUAUAUUUAUAUGUUAUUGAUAAAGUUCUAUGAUCGUCUUAUUAUUAUAUAUGUAUAUAUGUAUUAAUUAAUAUAAACAACAUUUCUAAUUAUUUGAUCAACAAUAUAAAUGGCAAAAAAAUAAAAAGACAAUCAUAAAAUUUAUCAAUUUGGAAAAAGUUCAAAGAUUAAAGAUCUAUGUUCUAAUAAUAAUCGGAAUAGCGAGAAAAACUUUUUCAGCCAGAAAAAUCACCGCUCUAAUUAUUAUUCAAGCGGCGAAAAAUUUCGGGAUCUGGGAUGCGUGCCCGACGACGACCAGAAACCCGCAACGAAUCGUAAUUGAAUCGGAACGCGUGCGCGAAUUUUAGCUGCCUGAUUACGCUCGUAUAUAUCAAAAUUAGCAUAUUUUCCGACAGCGAGAAAAUCAGACAAAUUUCACUUGGAUAUACAGUAGGAUGCACGUGACGAAUCGGAAAUUAACCGACGGACGUGUAUUAACAUGUGUACUUUGCAGAAUUACCGCGAUAAGUGCAAUAAAAUAUGCAUAUGUGACAAGGAUAAUUUACAAGCAGAUAAUUCAAUUUAUAUUGCCGUACUCUUGCGGUUGAGAUUUUAGAGAUAGUUUUAGAAUCAUCGGUUACAAUUAAUUAACAACAAUUUAUAAUAAAUACCAAAUAAAAAAUAAAAAUGUAUAUGUACAUAAAAGUAUAAUUUAUUAACUGUAACGUUGGAGCAUUUUUAUUUUUUUCUAUUGUUUACUACACAUUGAAUUCUUAUAUAAAUUGCAUAUUUCUUUUAGAAAGAAGCAUGGAAAAAAAGAUAAGUUACAGCAGCAAGAAUCUGUACGAGAUAAUUAAAUUUCAGUUGUUUAUAGCCAGAAUUUAGUUACCACGGGUUUUUGCUGCUGCAACUAAUUGCGAUUAAUUUUUUUAAUCUGGAAAUUAUUAAUUAUUAACCACUUCUCUCGUUAGAUUUUUUAAAGUAGAAAACUGUCGAUAAAAGUCAAUUUUUCUUCAUUAUAUUUACUCUGGUUUUAUUUUAGAUAAUAAUUAAAUAAAAAUUCGUUCUCUUGAAAUAUACUCACGUUUGUUUACUCGCAACUUUCCGGUAUCCGUUACACACAGUUUUUCAGUUAUUUUUACAUAGAAAGUGUGCUUAAACUGCCAAGAACAUAUUUCAUCGUGAGAACGAUAUUAAAUUAUUGAACUUCGCCUACGGUAUUUGCGUCUGUAGUCGGUUAAAUUUUGCAAGACGAAUAUACUAAGAGUGAAUUAUUUAUAUACGGUUGUGAAGUAUGAACGAGCUUCGAACGGUCUGCGAACACUUUGCAACUGCUGGCACGUGGCCCUAAUUGCACCGUCACGCUCGAGCUCGAAAAUGCUUUAAUUAACAUUUCCCGAGACAAAUUACGCAUAAACGUGCCGGUCCCAUCCCGUACAUCCCACACUAUCGUAAAUAUUCAUCCUUUAACGAUCGCGUAUAUGUUAUAUAAAUUGAUGAAAUCUUUUACCCUUCACCAAAGAAUAAUUCAAUUCAUUACUGACUCAACGUUUGUAUAUGCAUUUGUCAAAAUUUUAAUCUAAAGCAAUUAAUUACAGUUGAAGAGAAAUUAUAAUUUACUUCAUUAGAGAAGGGUUUACAUUCAUUUUAUUAAAUUAUUAAAAAAAAGUGAUUUCAAUAAAUUAAAUUAAUUUUAUUGAAUUGGAUUGGUCUGCAUUAAAUUAUUAUCAAUUCUCUUCUGCUGAAUUUCUAACUCGUUCAAAUCAUGAAUAGACCUAGAUUCUAAUGUUACAUCUCUAUUUAGCGCCACACUUAGUGCUAAAUGCGGACACCCAAUUCCAAAUUUUAAUCGCCCGAUACGAAGAUUGCGUUCAGGGUCAACGUGAGAUAAAUAGCAUUACUCGAUUUAACAUUAACGUGUGACAAAAAUACGUGCCGCACAAUCAAGCCAUUCCGCGAAUAAUGUUACAAUAAAAUGCGACUAUAAUUCAUAACGCCGAUCGCUAUAAUUUCAAUAUUACAUUUUAUAUAACCCCUCGGCUGGAAAAGGAUAAAUGCUGCAUAUUAGCUCGUCAGAAAUAAAGGAGAGAAAAAAAGGAGGAAAAAUUAUUAUAUCGUACUGAUUUUUUUAAGAUACAAUCAAACACUUAUAUCACGGGAGCUUAACAUAAAUUAAUACGUUAUUAUUAUUAAUACAUUAAUAAGUUAAUAUUAUUAAUUUGUAUUUAAUGCGUGCAGAAAAAUAUAUUUGGAAGGAAGCAAGCUUCACAUUAUUAGCAUUUCUACAAAAAGAAUUUAUUACAAAAGUUAAAUUAAUUAUAAGAAAUUAAUUAACACAAUUGUAAUAUUUCUUUUUCUUCUUUUUCUUUCCUUAUUUUAUAUAAAAUAAAUGCAAACAUGCUUAAUGAAUAAAAUUGAUAGGAUAAGAGAAUGGGAUAAUAGAAAUUUGAAAGUCAUCAUAUAGAAAAAUAUUACAGCCUUUUCGGACUCACGUAGACUUAAAAAGGUCCCUCGCAAUGCCGCGAGAGAUCCGCUCUUUAGUUUUAUUAUUAUACCUCUGUCGAAAAUUCGUUUGAUAUCGUGCUAGACGCCAGGCACGUGGACACACAAUUUCGCGCCUCUCACAAUAUUUACACUGUAAACCUAGCGUUUUACUUGAAUAUCAUUCAAAAUAGAACAAUACAAACGUGCGUCUCGACACACAUCUCGAUUUCAUCUCGCACACAUCUCGCACGCACUCGCGAAUUGGCUCGUCCAGAUAAUCUUCUCUCGCGCAUUUUGAAUUUCCACUACAAUUCCGAGCCUCGCUAAUAUUAAGUUUCUGGCUGAUAUUUUGAGAUCUCGGCUGAAUAAUCAUGUCGCGUGAAAUUAAACUGCGAGUCCGGUCGCGACUACGUUUCGGGACGGAUUACAUCGCAUUUCAACGGUGAGAGAUACUAUCUCGCGAAAUUGAGACGAUGCUCGCGUCGACGCGGCCGACGAUAUAAAUACGCGGGAAGCGAAGGGUGUGUUAAAAAAUUGAAGACCCCGCGAGAAAAGCGGAGAACUUGGCAAUGAAAUCGUAUUGAUCGUCAUGCCGACGUAAGGGAAAGUGCGCCGGAAGAGAGCGCGGGAGAAAAAAAAUGUUAUCCGCGACGGACGCGGAACAAAGCGCGAACAACGGCGUAAUAGUGUCGCAACUCACGAAUUCGCACACACCGCAGGAUUUCACGGUCUCACGCCUGCUGUCCACGCCGACGCACUCCUUGGAUUGCAGCGAGACCUCUUCUGCUACUGGAAACAGGAGACCCAGGAGAAGCAGGACAACCUUCUCGGCGCAACAGUUGGCCGCGUUAGAGAGGGUCUUUGAGAAGACGCAUUAUCCAGACGCCUAUGUUCGUGAAGAACUGGCAACUAGGGUGUCUUUGUCGGAAGCCAGAGUGCAGGUGUGGUUUCAGAACAGGCGGGCGAAGUUCCGGCGGAACGAGCGGAGCUCGGCGAUGAGCCGGGGCGUCUCCGCAGGCAGGGAGAUGGAGGCCGCGCUACCGCUGCGUCCUAUCAGGGUGUCGCACCCUCCGCAGCACUCGGUAGAGAGCAAUGCGGAAUCGUCACAGGGCGCAGUUGCUACCACCCAGGUGACGGCGCAGUACUCCUACGGCGACUAUUGGCGAACGACGCCGCAGCAUUACGCGGUGCAAACUGCUGCGACCGCCGGCUGCCACGGCUUCGCCACGAACGGCGGUCUGGCGAACGUGGGCUUACCGCCGUACCAUCAUCAUCAGGCCGACAUUCACCACGGCACCCUCGAUGGAACCGCCGUCAACGGUCUGAGCGCCCUGAGGCUGCGAGCGCAUCCUUAUGGCUCGACGUAUCCGGCGAUGCACGCGAGCAUGUGACACUGUCCCCGGAAAUCGAAUCUUCAGUACGCGAGAACGUAACGUUAGGCCUCUGAAAGUGUAAUUUAGAUCGAGAGAAUUUAAGCUUCUGAGAUCGAGAUCGCACUUAAAUCACAAAAUGUGAUAUUUUUAUCCGAAGAAAGAAAUGAAAAAAUACGCAUAAAAAAAUUAUCUUUUCUUUAGAAAUUGUAGAACUUGAGACACGUGCGCGGCGAAACUAUUUCUUAGAAAUUAUAUCUCUAGGUUCUUUACGAGUCUCCGCGUGAGUCGCCACGAGUCUCUUUCUCGGUAACUGACUCUCCGUUUAUAAAUUCAUACAUCGAAGACUGGAAUAUUUAUUACGAUUUUAUUAAUGACUUUCUUUACUCGCGUAACAUGCCAUUCGGGUUGCGCUGAGAGAAAUAUUUGCUGAGAUAAAUCAAACGUUUAGUUGAAUAGCGAUCAAAUAAAUUUCAUAGUUAUAAUUAUUAAAUAUGUAGUUUUUUUGACUAAACAAUCUAUAGCCUUAACCAAACAAUUUUUAUACAACUAUGUAUAACCAAAUGGUUCGUUAAAUGUUACUAAAUUCUUGGUACCAGUAAUUACAAAAUUUAUUUGAUCUUUAUUUAAUUAAACGUUUAAUCUCACCAAAUAUUUCUCUCAAUGUGUUGCAACAUUCUGGAGAUGCGAUAUGUGACGCAAACACAUAAAGAAUCAAUUAGCGGAAUCUUUAUAAAAGUGAUUAGAAUUCGCUUGUUCAAUCAUCCAAACCAAAGAUAACUGUUGGCUGUUAAGUAUAAAUUUGAAACCACAGUCGAUUCAAGAUGAUCUCGCGCAGCAUCUGGCAUCCCUGGGGC